AACAACGAUUGCAAUUUCAAGUUUGAGGUUCAAUAACCUAUAAAAAAAAAGUGAAGUGCAUAUGUAUGUAUAUAUAUAUAUGCAAAUGAAAAAACUGUUUUAUGGAAUUAAAUGAAAAUAAUUAUUCAAUGCCGCCAAAAAUGGAUGAUGCAAAUGUGACUCUAAAUAGUGGUCAAAUGACGGUGUUCCAAACAACGAAUGUGAACGAGUUCAACCCUAAUGUGGAAUCUUGGGAAGUGUGGAAAGAGCGCCUUGAAAUCCAUUUCUGUGAAAUUGGUUGCACAGAGGACAACAUAAAAAAAUCGAUUUUGUUGAAGUCGAUUGGUGCAGUGCCGUAUAAAGUGCUACAUAGUUUAUGCAGCCCUGAUUCCCCUGUUCGUAAGACGUAUGAUGAGCUGUGUGUGAUAUUGGACACACAAUAUACUCCACCAACGAUAGUUUUUAGUGAGCGGAAGAAGUUUCAUGUGGCAGUUAAGAAUGAUGGCGAGUCUGUUGCUGAGUGGUAUGCUCGUGUGAAGACCCUAGCACUUAAUUGCAAAUUUGGAGCCCAUUUAGAUGCAUUCAUCUUAAACCAAUUUGUAAUGGGUUUGCCAAAUUUUAAGUUCGAGAGGCUAUGUGAGGAAGAUGAAACUCUAACGGUGCAAAGUGCGUUGAGAAAAGCUAUGAUAUUGGAAACAAAAAACAUGGCGAAAGUAGCAGAAAGGGAUCAAAGUUCAGUAAACUUUGUUAACAGAUCGAAGCCUUCGAGAAAAAAUGGCGGUGGUGGUAACAGCGGCAAUAGUUAUGGCGGUAACAUAAGUGGUGGUGGCAGCAGCGGUGGUAGCGGUAGCAGAGGCAGUGGCAGCAGAGGAAAUUUUGGUGGCAGCAGAGACAAUAACGGCGACGGUGAAAGAAAAUCAUCGUGCUCUCAUUGUGGUUGGCGUAACCAUAGCUCGCAGUCUUGUAAAUACAAGAACAGCAAGUGUCAUUCCUGUGGAAAAAUUGGCCAUUUGGCAUCUGUUUGCUACAAUAAAAAGAGAAGUGUUAAUUACGUUUCUAAUGACACUAGUGAAGAUUAUGUUGAUAAUGAUGUUUUCAAUUAUUCUAUUUUUAGUGUGGCUGAGCGAGGUUCUAGUGACGUGUAUUCCCUUCCAGUAAUAAUUGAUGGUGUCAAAUUGAAUGCUGUGUGUGAUACAGGUGCGCCAUGUACAUUGUUGCCUUUGUCGUUUUAUGAAAACAACGAUGUUAAGAAGGUUCUUCGUCCAUGCCAUGUACCAUAUGUGGAUUAUAGCGGAGACAAAUUGAAGCUGGUUGGUGAAUAUGAUGCCUCAAUUACUUUUGAAGAAACAUGAAACAUUGCACAACAACUGAAUCUCCAGCUAUGCUGUUCUUUGGCAGGAAACUGAAAACCAGAUUUAGUCUUCUAAAACCCCCAACAACAAAACAAAACAUACUUAAGUCUCAAGACAACAACAUAGUUCAUCACAACGGUAAUCGCAAAGAGUUUUUUUGUGAAGGUGAAACUGUGUUAGUACGCGAUUAUCGAAAUCCAAAUAAACCUAGUUGGACUAAGGCAGUAAUUCAACGGCAACUAGGUCCACAAUCUUACUCCUGUGUUUUGUCUCACAACAACAACGUCAUCAAACGUCAUCUUGAUCAAAUUCGUGGUCAUAAUCUAACACAACAACAACAGCCAAUCGAGCAACCAACAACAACUAAUAACAACAACACAUCAUCAUCUGAACCUGUUCCUAUGCAAAUGAAUGAGGAUGUUUCACUCACUAGAAUGGAGCUCAGACCACGAGAGGGAGGUAGAGUUGUAAAGAAAUAACUCAAUUACAAUUUUCUAUGUAUUUUCAAAUAAAUAAAAUCAUUUAUUUAUUAUCAGC